AUGGCGAACUUAACUGAAGACGGCGAAAUCGACCCAGUACAAGAAUGGCUGGUUCAAGAGCAACAGUGUGGAGAUCAGUAUGUUCUCCACCAACCCCGUGGGGUCUCCUUUGUGGACGUCGAUGUGAAUGGAUACAUGGAGGCCAAUUCCUUCCAACGGACCUUCGCCAGUUACAUUCAGUUGAUACCGAGUUACCUCAAGACGCUAUUUGGGAAUCGCGGCCCACAACAAAAAGUACGGAUUUUGAGAGACUUGAAUGGCCUGGUUCGAUCAGGUGAGAUGCUUUUGGUUCUUGGUCGACCUGGUAGUGGUUGCACGACAUUUCUUAAGACGAUAGCUGGCGUUGUAAAUGGAAUUGAAGUUACGGAAAAGCAAAAUGGUGGCAUACAGUAUGAAGGAACUCCAUUUCAAGAGAUGGACAAACAGAACUGGGCCGAGACCAUCUACCUCGCCGAAGAUGAUAUCCAUUUACCGGAACUUUCCCUCAAAGAGACACUUGCCUUUGCAGCUGAGAUGAGACCCCGCGUACAAGCAGCAGAGCUUGUUAGUCGCCAAACAGCCUCUAUCUACGGACUCCAACAGGUGCUUGAUACUCAGGUGGGAAAUGACUUGAUACGUGGACUGAGUGGAGGUGAGAAACGACGAACAAGUAUUGCCGAGGCUUUUCUCAGUGGAUGUCCAAUUCAAUGCUGUGAUAAUAGUAUUCGAGGACUGGAUAGCGCAACAGCACUGAAUGUCGUGCGAACUUUGCGACGAGUGACCAGCACACUGAAGUUGACUGUACUGCUGCUCUACCAAGGCCGACAAAUCUAUUUCGGCUCUACCAGCAACGCGGCCGAUUAUUUUGAGCGAUUGGGCUUUGUUAGAUCUGAUGGGGCAACAACAGCUGACUUCUUGAAUUCCCUGACAAAUCCAGCAGAGCGUCUAAUCAGCAACGGAGCUGAAAGUACCGUUCCUCGAACAGCGGAUGAAUUUGCACAAGUAUGGCAACAAAGCCCAGAAUUUCUGACUUUUAAGAAGGAAAUGUCUGAAUACAGUGACAUGUGCCGAAAAUCCUCAACGAGAUCCUCCUACCCGACAUCCAUGAUGCACCAAAUUAAUGUAUGUAUCACUCGAGUCAUUAUUCGAUCUCGUCAUAACAUGCAAGGUCUCAUUUCCGCAGUCGUGGGAAAUACCAUACUCGCCAUCAUCCUCGGCAGUCUACUCUACAAUUUGCCCGAGGACACAGGAAGCUUCGAAUCACGGAGUAUCUUAGUCUUCUAUGCUACCAUGAUGGACUCCUGUAUACCAGCCUUUGAAGUCACUGGUCUAUGGACACAACGGCCAAGAGUGGAGAAGCAGAGUCGCUACGCCUUUUACCACCCCGUCGCCGAAGGGAUCGCCUCCAUGUUAACCGAUUUACCUGUGAAGGCCCUGACAUCUCUUUGCUUCAAAAUAUCAGUGUACUUUCUUGCAAAUCUCCGUCGAACCGCUUCGGCAUUUUUUACUUUUUGGUUAUUUGGACUUGUGGUUAUGGUGACCAUGUCCAUGAUUUUUCCGAUCAGUUGGAUCCAUCUCACGUACCUAUGCACAAUCAUUGGCUCCAGUAUCAAUCAUAUAUUCAUGUUUAUAAUUUAUGCGGGCUUUGUUAUCCCACCAAGUGAUCAGGUUCCAUGGCUUAGUUGGAUCCGUUACUUUAAUCCGAUGGCGUACACAAACGAAAGUCUUAUGAUUAAUGAAUUUCGGGGUCGUCGUUACCAAUGCUCCACGUUUGUUCCAUCCGGACCUACAUACUCGGACAAUGAUCUUAGCGGGAAGAUUUGUUCGGCUAUUGGGAGUGUGGCAGGUCAGUCAUGGGUAGAUGGGAAUCGGUACUUGGAGCUCAAGUAUGGGUACUCUGUUGAUCAUUUGUGGCGGAAUCUGGGUAGCCUCUUCGCCUUGAUGGCUGGAUUCUGUGCUGUGUAUCUUCUUGCUGCGGAGUAUAUCCAGGCCCAACGUUCCAAGGGUGAUAUCCUGCUGUUCAGGCGAAAAGAUGUUCGUCCUCCUGAGGAAAGCGUCGAAAUCGAUCUGAUACAGGCCAGGGAGAAAGAGAUUAAGGAUAAGGACCCAGCUUCUGUCAUGAACUCAGUGUCGGCAAAAGAGCUGAGUCACCAGUCAUCAGUAUUCUGCUGGAGUGAUGUAGGCUACGACAUCAAGCUGGAGAACAAAAAGGAACCCUCUCCUAUUCUCCAGGGCGUGGAUGGCUGGGUGACUCGCGGACCAUUAACCGCAUUGAUGGGAUCAACCGGCGCUGGAAAAACCACCCUCCUAGAUGUUCUCGCAAACCGAAAGUCCGCUGGAAUUGUUCAUGGAGAUGUUCUUAUCGACGGUCAUCUCCGAGAUGGUUGUUUCCAGCGAAAAACAGGUUAUGUGCAACAGGCCGAUAUCCAUCUCCCGACCGGCGACCAGAAACUUGCAUAUGUGGACACUGUGCUCCAAAUGUUGGAAAUGGAGUCAUACUCGGAGGCUGUUGUCGGUGUUCCUGGCAAGGGGCUAAACAUUGAACAGCGAAAACGAUUGACCAUUGCAGUGGAGAUGGCUGCCCGUCCGGAACUACUUUUCCUUGACGAACCCACUUCUGGACUCGAUAGUCAAACUGCCUGGUCGAUAUGUACUCUUCUUCGGAAACUUUCAGAUAAUGGCCAACCUAUUCUAUGUACCAUCCACCAGCCCUCCGCGGAGCUAUUCCAGAUGUUCGAUCGACUCCUCUUUUUGCAAUCGGGAUGCUCGCUCUAUUUUGGGGACUUGGGAAAUAAGGCUGCGACAUUGAUUGAAUACUUUUGUCGCUUUGGAGCUCGUGUUCCAAAAGAGGGUGAGAAUCCUGCUGAAUGGCUUCUCGAGGUUACAGCCGCUUCCCCGACGGAGAAGGAUUGGGCGGAUGUGUGGUCUACCAGCCCGGAGACCGAGAAUGUCAAGCGAGAUAUUGCUAUGAUGGGAGAGAAUCAGAGCAACACUGUCUUGACUGAUAUGAACGAUUAUGAGUAUGCUGCUUCGCAGUACACACAGCUCUUGCUGGUUACCCGUCGCAUGUUCCAGGACUAUUGGCGAGAACCAACCUACCUAUACUCGAAGCUUGCUUUAUGUGUUGGCUCAGGAUUCUUCAAUAGUAUCUCAUUUUGGAUGAUCGAUCACACAGUGCAAGGACUAACUAGCUCCCUCUUCUCCUGCUUCCUCCUCACAAUCAUCUUUAGCACAAUCGACCAACAAAUAAACCCCCGUUUCAUCGACGGACGCGAAAUCUUCGAAGCGUGCGAAAGACAAUCAAAAACCUACAGUUGGCCCAUAUUCGUCGCCGCAAACAUGAUCAUCGAAUUAAUCUGGCAAUCUCUAACGGCCAUUCCAGUCUUCGUAGCCUGGUACUAUCCUUUUGGAUUCUGGCGAAACGGAUUAAACGACACAUUCAGUAUGAAAGAGCGCGCGAUUCUAAUUUUCCUUCUUCUCUCGUUUUUCCUAGUCUUCACAUCCACUCUUUCCCAAGCAAUUGCAGCAAGUAUGAGUGAUUCACUUACCGCGGUGAAUAUCGCGAACUUAAUGUUUACGCUUUGUCUUUUAUUCUGCGGUAUCCUUGUUGAGCCUGAUGCGUUGCCUCGAUUCUGGAUCUUCAUGUACCGUGCCAGUCCGGUGACUUAUCUUAUGGGUGGUAUGAUCAAGGCGGCAUUAGCUGAUACGGCUUUGAAUUGUGUAUCUAUUGAUCUUCUUCAUAUCCCGCUGCAUUCAGGAAGUGAUUCUACUUUGUCGUGUGGUUCUUAUCUUAAUUCAUAUGUGCAGAGUAUGGGUGGUAGGAUUUUGAAUCCGAAUACAACGGCGGGGAUGAGUGAGAAUUGUGUCUUUUGUGAUGUGACUGAUGCGAAUACUACACUUAAGGGAAUGAGCAUGGAUGUUCAUACGCGAUGGCGCGAUUUAGGAAUCUUUGUAGUAUACGUGGUGGUGAAUGUUGCUGGGAUAUUCUUCUUUUAUUGGAUAAGUAGAGGUCGGAACAAGAGUGGCUAG